UAAAGGGAUUAUUACAGAAAAGGACGGCUGUGGAGCGAGAGAGAGAUAAACGAUUCGAAAAAAAAAUUAUGUGUAAUUCUUGAGAAUUAUCAAGAAUCCGGUUGAUAUAAAACGGCGUAGUAAAAACGGCAUAGUAUAGCAAAACCUUCUGGGAACUGAGAGUUGGAUGGUGAAAUACGUUACUCUGGUAGGUUCCGCUGCAUGUGUUUGUGUGAGUGUGCGUAUUGUUAACCCUGCCAGGGAUCAGAGUUGAAAUUUGUGAGGAUGACGAGUCGCGCACAGAUUAUCGUUAAUCUGGAGGAUUAGCAGAAAGCAAACAUGGAGGUGUUAUUGAUGCUAUAGAUGCUAUAUCUCCAGCCUUUAGCUAGACGCAGGCUGAUACAUAGAGUUGGCUGUUGAGAACUGGAGACAAAUCGCUGGCAUUUGUCCACUUUGAAUGCACUGAGUCUGCGAGGAAACGUACCGCGCUGCCUGUAAAUUCCCGGGGACAGGAUUAUCUUAUCCCCCUCCCACCGGCGUGUCUUGUCGCUCUGCCGCUUGUGGAGUACCCCGUUUGACAUUGCUGUAUAUGUGACCCUAUCGACUCGUGUAGGAUGUUGUCUCUUGGUGUUAUACAUACUAAUACUCUGUGUGAUGGCUAGUGAUUUUGAAGUCUGUUGAGCACUACACGGUUUAAAUGACUAGAUUUUUUUUUAUAAUAAAGUGUGUCUCAAGUUAUGGAUUAGCAGGAUGGUUUACCUAAGAGAUGCCUCGCCGCCCAACCUUCUACUUAACUAUGUCAGUGUUAGUUUAAUUGCUGCGAAAGAUGAUUGUCUCCAUGGUGAUAAUGAAAAUCAGGAACCAUAACUUUGCAAGUUUGCCGAUGGCAGUACUACGAGAUUUCAGUGACUCUCGGAAUUGUUAAAUGUGAUCAGUGUCAAAAUACCUUGGAUUUACUGCUGCUUGUGUGAUUUUUAUUUUAUUUAAAAAAAAAGUGAAUUCUGGGAUAUUUCGGGAUACAUGACAACUUGCAGAAAAUGAAGGACUACACACGUCGUCAAUUUCAAGAAAACAUCAGACACGACAGGUGACAAAUAAAGAUUCCACGAUUUACCACAAAAAAUUGUUUAUAAAAGAAAAUCAAAUCAAAAACCUGGCUUCAAUCAUCUUAUGUACUGCUGUUAGAACAUGGCCAAACUAUUGGUCCUUUGGUUAUCAGUGAUGCAGAUACUGUCUUUCUUACCUCCGGCGCCCGGAGAGCGAUUUUUCCAGUUACGCGACCAUUCGGAUCAAAAUAAAUACCUUCGUGAUCAACAAUUGACAAUAAUUCACAACAGACGAGAAGCAGAGAUUCAGCUUGAAAAAUAUGGCUAUUUGAAAUGUCGGGUUCAGAGAAGGCGACGGUCAGCCUUAAUGGAAGUGAUGGAGGGUAUUCAUCCGCUGUCCGACAAAGAAGUGGAGGCGGAUCUUCCAAUGUGCAGUGCAUCUCAAGUCAACACCGCCAUUAGAGACUAUCAAAUCAAAUAUAAACUUCCGGUCACGGGAAUCUUAGAUGACGUCACGAGGAAAUUCAUGAGUACGUCACGAUGUGGCAACGCGGACAAAGACGCUAUAGCCGACCACGCUGUACCGGAAGUGAUGGAGGAGAGCAAUGAUAACUUAUAUAAUUCCAAUUCCAAAAACUCUGACGCUGAUCCCGUCAAUAGACGGCGUUGGCGAAGAGACGCCAGCAAGACAAAGUUAAUAAAUGUGCUUACUAGUGAUUCUGUCAAAAAUCAAAAUAUAUUGAGACGGACGAAAUAUAUCAAAAGAUAUGCCGAGAAAUACAAACAGGAGCUGUUAAAACCGUAUACUCCAGAAGAGCGAAAGAAACGCUCCAUCAUAGCUAAUGUUGUUGUAAAAAAUAAUUCCCUUUCGGGUGAACCCGUCUGGGACGGACAGAAAUUUACCAAGGACUAUAUUCGAUGGCGGAUGCUGCGGGACGGUUUCAGUACGCGGAUUCCCGUAGAGGAGCAGAGAGCUAGCCUACGUCUGGCGUUCAGGAUGUGGAGCGAGGUGAUUCCGAUCAUAUUUGAGGAGGAUGUUUCGGGCGAUAUCAACCGGGUAGACAUAGAGAUUGCCUUUGGAAGAGGUUCACACCAGAAUUGCGGGCGGAAGUUUGACGGCCAUGGCGGCGAGAUUGCGCAUUCCUGGAGCGGUAGAAACGUUCAUUUUGAUGACGAGGAGGACUAUAAAUCUAUUGACACCAUUUCCAAGGAUGGCAUCUACCUUCUACGUGUGGCGGUCCAUGAGAUAGGUCAUGUUCUUGGCUUGGCCCACACCGACAAGAGCUAUUCCAUAAUGUACGCCAUAUACCACCAGAACGUGGUGCCGCAAGCGGGAUUCGAACUUGGAUGGGAAGACCGGAAGUCCGUGCAGAAGAUAUAUGGUGUAUGCAAAGGGCGGUUUAAUACGAUUUUUGACUGGGUUCGUAAGCGGCCUGACAGUUCAUUCAUCUACAAUACGUACAUUUUCCGCAAGAACCAUUACUGGAUGUAUGAGAACCACGCCAACAGAACACGGUAUGGCGACCCUCUGUACGUCGCCCUAGAAUGGAAAGGAGUUCCGAACUACGUUGAUGGCUAUGCGCAUGUCUGGUUCUAUUCCGGGAAACUAAUCACCGAUGCAGCCUACUUCUUCAAAGGUGAACACUAUUACAAAUACGAUAGCGAAAAUGACCGUGUGUACGAUGGUUGGCCUCGUCUAAUCACCGAAGACUUCGGUCCUAAACCUGACGAAACCGAGGGUAUUCCCGCGAACAUAGAUACAGUCUACUUUGACAUGAGAGACAGAAAUUUGUAUUUCUUUAAAGGAGACAUGGUUUAUGUUUAUGAUCCUAAAGGAGCGGAUCACACAAAAGGAUGUUGCGUGCGCAAACGAAAAAUAUGGGAGGAGUUUCCACCAAUGGAAGGAGAGGAUCCUUUGCCUAGCGAUUUAGAUGUCGCGUAUUUUUCUUAUAGUGACAAAAAAGUGUAUUUCCUGAAAGACGAAACUGUUUGGGAAAAUGUUUUGUUCAACCCUCGACAAAAACAGAUUAGAAACUCUGUGAAAAAGAUCGGAACUUGGUAUGAGAAAUGGUAUGAUGUAUGUGACGUCAGAACAAUGGACGCGCCACCUGAUGGAACUGAAAAAACGUAGAUGUGACGUCAUAUGUUCGCUCAUCGUAUGAGCGACUAUCUUACUGUUAUCAAAUUUUGCUUGGAAAAAAGACGGGCAUAGCUUUUCUUCCUGUGCGAUAUGAAAACUCAGUAUUGCUAAAAUAGGGGCGAGUGUCAGUGAAGUGUGCUGAAGUUUCUAUGCAAAACGUUUCCUUGUUAAAGCCAUUUUAGGUUGUACGAAAACUUCGCAAAAUCUGCAUGGUUGCUGCGUAAGAAGACUUAGCUCAAGGCGAUUCCAAUUUUCCGAAAAGGGAAGUUGAUCCAGUGAGAUACAUAAUUAUUUUGCAAGUGUCAAAUCGGCUUGUAAUAUUUUGUUUCCCAGUUUUUCCGAAACUUCUUGCAACAUUUUAGCAAUGUAUUGAAGUGUUCUUGGGGGGGAAAAAUCUGUGAGCUCGAUGUUUUUGCCUUCAGUGAAAAAACUCUUUCUGCGAGAAAGAAACCGGAAGGAGCCCGAGUAGUUCGCACGGACAGACGAGUUUUUGCGCAUGUGCUCUGCAUAUGGUGGUAUCCAUGAUACACUUGUGAUAUAAUUUAUUACAAUGACAAAUAUUUAUGUACAACACAUUCCCAAGUUGUUUUGAAACCUCUUCAAUCGCAGAUUAUAUGUUGUCAAGAGUUGUUACAAUCACCAGUUGUUCUUCAUUGUAUGAGAAGCUUCCUGUGGCUCGUGGUUUUUUCAAGAUUUACCAAACAUCUUCAGAUUUAUAGUUAAAAGGCAAAAUCGCCCUUUAUUACUUGUAGUUCGAUAAUAUCUUCACUAGAAAAUAAGAAAAUUGUAUUAAUUGCGCUACCGAAUUUUAAUAAUACACAAGUAUUCUGGCCAGUUUACAAGAUGUUUUGAUAUAUACAUUGUAUUAUUUUUUAAAUGAUAUCAUUUCAUGCAAUAUAUGACGCAAUAUAAUCAUUUACAUAUCAAAUGACGUCAUCUGCGUGAACAUACCACCUGCAUGUUGCUACUGUUGAUCAAUGUAACCUUGACCUACUUGUUGAUAUUUGUCCUCAUUUUGGUUAUAUGACCUAAUUGUUGUGACCUGUUUUUUAUUGUCGCUAACAGAUGUAAUGAUUGUCUCUGUUUCGUCACCAGGCAUAUUUAUGGAUAAUGUUAUGUUUUAAGAUUUUAAUUUUGGUAUAACUGUACAUUUUCUCGUGUUUGUUUAAUUUAUUUAUUGCCAUCAUGUCCUUCUUUGCCGAGGAUUGAUGUGUGUGACAUUUACUAUGUUCACCCCCAAGGGUUGUUCACUCUCUGAAGGGUGGGGUUUAGUAAAUGGAGCAAAUGUGCGCGUGAAAGAGAACGAGUAAAUUGUCUGAAAGCGAGAUUUUGUUGAAACAGAUCCUUAUUAAAAUCAGCUUGAUGGAUCAUUGGUGAUAUAAAGUUUAUUACAACAAUCA